UUGAAAGGCAAUUUCUCAGAGCAAUGGGUAAAAACAUGCGACACAAAAGCGCUGGCAUCUCAAUCCCGCAUGGUCAUCCAGGGUGCAUGUGGGGUUUUCUUCAUGUACUUAAGUAUCAACAUUGGCAUUGGCGUUUUAUUAAGAAAAGACUUCCACAUAAGAAGGAUGAUGUAGGGGUUGAAAAUCCUGGGGAUGGUAAUAGUAUACAAGCCUCAAAUGCCGAUGAUUUGUCAGAAUACAGGAAAGUUGAAGUGGCCAACUCUAAGGUUGAAGGAAAGAAGAGACCGUCCAGUCCAGCAACUAAAAAUACAGUGAAAUCUCGACUGAAGGCAAUUAUUAUUGAAGAAAUGUCUAAGAGGAAGGGCCGAAGCCGGCAUCACCGAAGUUCAACUUACCCUGCACCAUCACAUUUGACACGAACUGGUUUAGUUCAUCAUGCAGAAGCCCAUAUUGAUGAUCUUCUUCCUGAAAUGGCUCUAAAUGAUGAAAGUCUCACAGUGGCUGAUGAGAACAACGAGAUCUUCUCUGACAGCAGUUCUGAGGAUCAAGUUUUACCAAAGUCCUCGGAUGAACCAAUUAGCAGUGAAUCUACAGAAAAUAUCUGCAGAAAGUCAACGCCGUUGAUAGCUGCAGACCACAGGGCAGAUGGAAUUCACAAACUAAACCAAGCAAAGGCUGAAAUGAUUGAUAUCUCUUCUUCAGGUUCAUCCCAGCAUCUGAAGCAAUCCGGUGGAAAUCAAGUGGCAAGAAAGAGAUUCAAACAUCUUAAACAGAAUAUAAAACAUGCAAUUAAGGAAAGCAAGAAAGAGAGGUAUCGAAUUGCCAUGGAUGCGGUCCUUCACAAAAUUCCUCACAAGAAGGGGUUUUCCAAGGACUUGACAAAGAACAUUCUUGAUCAUUUUAAGAACCUUUCACGGAUUAGGGAUGUUUUUCCUGAAUUCUCUACCAGCAAGAGAAGAAUGCAGUACGAGAGAAGAGCAUCAUCUUUUAAUGAAUCUAUGGAUAGAUAUACACAGUUGUAUGAAUCUAGUAUCAACAGAGAAGCUAAAGUACAUAUCUCCAAACGGAUACAAGAAAGUAGAGAAGAAGAGAUGGUCUUGCCUCGUAGGAGUGCGCCAAAAUCCCUGGGAAGAAUUCUUUCCUCACCUGAAUUACAUUCUUAUUUUUAUCAAAGGGAGGACUUUUCUGAUGCAUUUUCUUCAGAUAUGCCAACUAGUGUUGUCGAUGUCACUUCAAGCAUAAGCAGCUUAACUGAACAAAAAAUUCUAGAUAUUUCAGAGGCCUUGGAUUAUCGCUCAGAAGAUACCCUUGGAAAAAGUGAGUCUGAAAAGAAUAUGAUAGGCAUUAGGGAAACACUUGAUGAGUCGGGAAACUUGAUGAUUGGGGACAAUGUUUCUCAAAGUGAACAAGACAGUAAGCCUGGAAUUAUACCUAUCACUGAGCUGGAAGAAGCAAGUCCUAUCCCUUUGCUCAACUUCAGUUCUGAAGGGGAAACAGCCAGUCCUGUAGAAAUUUCCAAAUCACUAGGUAUAUGCCCUGUUGAUUCUUUUUCUUACCUUCAUGAAUUGAGGGAUGCCUCUAAGGAUGCUGAGGGCAUAGUUGACUUUGAGAAAGUAGAAACUUUAAAGAAGGAUUUAGACACUGACCUUUUAAAAGAUCUAGCAGAUACAAAUGACAAAGACACUGACCUUUUAAAAGAUCUAGCAGACACAAAUGACAAAGAUAAAUUUACAUAUGUGAGAGAUGUACUCGAACUAUCAGGGCUUAGCGGGAAUGAAAUCCUUGGUACAUGGCAUGCGGAUGACCAGCCAUUGGAUCCUUUGGUGUAUGAGGCAAUCAGAGGUUGCAUUUUCUGCGAUCCCCAUUGUUCCGGGGAGGAAGACGUUAGUUACUGUAAUCACCCACUUUUGUUUGAUCUAAUCAACGAGGUACUGAAGGAGCUUUAUGAAAAAUCAUACAGUUAUUGUCCCAGACCUUUAUCUUCAUUAUGCCACAUCCGUCCAAUGCCGGUAGGACACCAUGUUCUUAAGGAAGUCUGGGCAAACAUAAGCUGGUACUUGAGCUAUGAAUCUGGAUUUGAUAAACCAUUGGAUUAUGUUGCCAGUAGAGAUCUAACAAGAAAUGAUGGAUGGAUGAACCUACAAUUUGAAAAUGAAUGCCUGGGGCUUGAGCUUGAAGAGUUAAUCUUUCACGAACUUUUGGAGGAACUUAUCUAGACUUGAUGGCCUCCUGUGCUUGAUCAGGUUUGUUCUUAUCAGAAACACCUCAACUUUCAGUUCACCGGCAUUUAAAAGUUCUAUAACUUGAUUGAUUGUGUAAUUAAUACUUAGUUUCCCCAAACUUCAAAAGAGAUUAGGCAAAAUACAAGGAAAUAGUUCUUGGUUUUAUUAUUACACAUACAUUGUGCAGGCAGGUCUUAUUUAUAAACAAUCAAUCUCUUGUAGCUGCCUGCAAGAACUCAAUCUAUUUUAUGUUUAUA